UUUCUUGCAAGUUGCCACCUUAGUCAUUUCAGGUUCUAUCCCCAACGAAUCUUGGAAUUCAAAGCCGACACAAGGUGACAAGGGAUGACGCCAGAGCGAGACGAGGACGUUAAUGGACUUCCGUUGAGACAGUAACAACUAAAAGCCGCUACAAUUGGUGAUUUGGGUUGCAGUACUCCGCACCAACCGUUCCUCUAUAAUCCAUUCCUAGGCAUUGGGUUUUGACUCUUGAGCUCUUCCCAGUUCCUGCUACCUACUCGUUGCUUCCUUUGUUUUUAACGUAAUUAAUGUUAGUAAUGAGUUGUGUCUUAUGACUCUUACUCGUGCUUUCAACUCUUAGUUGAGAAUUUCGUUUUGGUUUCUCUUCUUUGAUAUAGAUAUAUAGGUGGCUUGACUUUGGAGUAUGGUUCUGAGUUUAUUUGCUUCUUCUUAGCUUCAAAGACGUCAGUGUACUUCUCAGUGAUUUAGAACGGAGAAACCCAUCUCGAGUUUUGCGUGGAAAGAAGUCGAACUCGACUCCCCUCACCAGUCACCGCAACGGGUGUUUGUUGGAUUGUUGCAGAGAAGAGGCAUAGGAAGCUUACAGUAGCUUUUCAAAUGAUCACCAGACUCGGCUGAGCUGGACAAAUUUUUUUUUAUAAGGAAUUCUCAGCAUGGGGCUUCUGAAUCUCUUCAUCGCUGCAUCAAAUCCAGUGUUGAAAGUCCUAUUGGUUACGGCUCUUGGGUCCUUUCUCGCACUAGAUAGCAUUGGUAUUUUGGGAGAGGAUGCAAGGAAGCAUUUGAAUAGAGUUGUGUUCUUUGUAUUUAAUCCAGCACUUGUGUCCACCAACCUUGCUAAAACAAUAACAUAUGAAAGCAUGAUUAAAUUGUGGUUCAUGCCUAUAAAUAUUUUAUUUACAUUUCUCAUUGGUUCAGCACUUGGAUGGAUACUUAUACAAAUCACAAGGCCUCCUUCACAUCUAAGGGGCCUUAUCUUGGGUUGCUGUGCUGCUGGAAAUUUGGGGAAUAUGCUCAUCAUCAUCGUUCCAGCAGUCUGUAAAGAGAAAGGCAGCCCAUUUGGAGAUUCUGAUGUCUGCAGUACAUAUGGAAUGGCUUAUGCUUCACUCUCAAUGGCGGUUGGAGCCAUUUAUUUGUGGUCAUAUGUGUACAAUCUUGUGCGGAUAUCUUCAAGGAAGAGCACUGAAGCUAUUGAUGAAUCCAAAAGUAACUCUUCAGAAGAACCUUCGAGAGUACUGAAUGGGAGUUGCAAAGAGCCACUACUUUCAAAGGAUUUAUCAAUCUUGGAGAACCAAGCAGACCAUUUUACACUUCCAAGCUCUUCAUCAGAGGGAAGACCACAGGUUCCAAUUUCAGUUAAGUUUAAACAAUAUUUAAAGACGAUUUCAGGAAAGAUCAACUUGAAGACAUUGUUCGCACCUUCAACCACUGGAGCGAUUGUUGGGUUUUUUGUUGGAGUAAUCUCUCCAAUCCGAUGGCUACUGAUUGGUGAUAGUGCUCCUCUUCGCGUCAUUGAUGACUCUGCAUAUUUGAUUGGUGAAGGGGCCAUCCCAGCAAUGACCUUGAUACUGGGAGCAAACCUUCUUAGAGGUUUACGAGGGUCGGAUAUUCGUGUGUCCCUUAUCGUCGGGAUUGUAGUAGUUCGUUAUAUUGCACUCCCACUGUUCGGCAUUCUCAUUAUUAAAGGGGUGCUGCAUUUUGGCCUGGUGCAAUCAGAUCCAUUGUAUAUGUUUGUUCUUCUUCUUCAAUUUGCACUUCCUCCAGCAAUGAACAUAGGAACAAUUACCCAGUUGUUUGGUGCUGGUGAGAGAGAAUGUUCUGUUAUUCUGCUAUGGACCUAUGGAUUAGCUUCAGUUGCACUUACCCUUUGGUCAACCUUCUUUAUGUGGCUCGUGGCUUGAUUUUGGUUCUUCCGGAGUUCAGUGUUUUACUACCAAGGAACCCCAAAAUAACCAAGCAUCGUACCGUUUCGUUGUGGGCAGCAUUUCAUCAAUACAAGUUAUGUUGAUGGUGUCGCCAUUAGGUGGCAUGAAAUCAUAACCUUAUGUUCUAGCCUUCUUGUAUCAUUCUGGCAUGUUUUCCUUCUCUUUACUUGGUUUCAUUUGUUCUUAAAUAAAAAUAGAGUUCUAUUGUAAGUUUGUGACAAAUGUGCAAACACGAGGAAGAAAUUAUGCGAACAAUCACAUCAUUAUUUAUAGUGGUUUAUAGGAAUGCUUACAUUCAGCUAAGAGAAUCAAAUAAUUUUUCACUCUUCAUCUUAAAA